AAUGGAGAGCAGGUCCGGGUUGUGAAACGCACUUGAGUCAUGUUGAUUCCCAGGGAAAUUGACAACGCCUCCUGACGUCAGGGACAGAAACCUGGAGGAAACACCUGGAGGAAGAAGGCGCAGGUCGAAGAAACCACCAGAAAGUGUAUAACAAACCUCUCAGUGUCCCCGGGGGAACGCGUCCUCGCCGUCCCGCUGUUUACUGAGGAUUUAAAGACACUUUGCACCCGCAGCUGGGACGUUUGAGUCCCGCGGACAUUGUGGUUUCUGUUUUAAAAAAAAAAAACAAGUCUGUAGCGUAGAAGACUUCCGGGUUUCGACUCCAGGCGUCUCCUCUGGGCGCAGAAGACAGACAGAGACAUGGACAUCCCGCUGAACCCCCUGAACCACAGGAACGGCAGCGAGGGACCCUUCGAUCCUGCUCAUGAACCAGCUGCGGGUAAUGGAGACGCGCUGCUCUCUGGUCGUGCAACAGACGAGGAAAUGAACGAGGGAACUGCUUACCCUAACGGAGAGAUUAGCACCGUCUGCAGGAUUAAGAGAGAAGUGGAAAAGAAUGUCAAACUGUGGAUGGUCAUUGUCGCCAUUCUUGUUCUCAUCGUCGCUGUGAUAAUUCUUUCGAUUGUGGUCUGCUCAGCGCUUCAGGAGGACGUGGACAACAAGUUCGACUCGUCGUUGUUUGAGAUUCCUCUGCGUUUCAACGGGAGCUUCCAGCUUCCUAAUAUGGUCUUCACGGAGGAACUUCUCAACCUCUCCUCCAAUGAAAGCCAAACUCUGACAGCUGAGCUUCAAGAAAAGGUGGCUGACCUCUACACCGCCUCCCCCGCUCUGGGACGGUACUUCUCCAAAGCCAAGAUCUAUUCCUUACGGAACGGAUCCAUCAUCGCUCACUACCAGCUGACGUUCCUCAUGCCUGAGGAGCAGCAGGAUCAGCUGAGAAACUUCACCCUGAGCAGGGAGAUGGUUUACAACGUGUUCAGACAGUUUCUAUACGACCAUGAGUCAGAAGAUUCUGCUCCCAACUACAUCGAUCCCCUUUCCUUAAACAUGUUUGGAAGACUGUGGUGACGAAAACCUGCUCAAACAAACAACACUGGAGAACCAGAGGAUCCUGUUUUCUGUGGGAUUGAAGUGAGACGGUUUGCCUCCGACAGCGCUGGGGCUUUCGACAGCAUGUGAUUUCUCAGAAGUGCGUGUUCGUUUUCCAACGAAUGUGUAGAAAUGUUGCACGUAAUCAUCUUCACAACAGGAAGCUACAUGACCACAGUCACACAAACCCACAGGGUGUGUGGGGUUUGUGUGCAGGUCAUAUGAAUGAUCUCAAUUUGUGUAGACUUUGAAGAAUAUCAAUAAUGAAACCAAUCAACUGGGCUGCGUUCAGAGGGUAAUAUAAACAUCUGCAAAGUGACAGUUACAUCAUCAGGACUUUGUGUUUAAAAAUUGUAUUACUAUGUGUUACUGUGCCUUGUUUAAGUGUAUUCAUCAUAAGAGUAUUGGUAAAAAUAUCAGGGUUGAAAUUAUGAUCACUGUAAUUUAACGUGUGAUUAUUUAAAGUUUUAAUAUUUGCAUGUCAGUGCCAUUCUUCUGCAUGUGGAGAAUUUGCCUUGAAAGUAGCAAACACUGUAGGAAAAAAUCAGCUAUGAUGGGGAAAGUAGUCAGUUAUUUUAAGCUAUACAUGCCCCAUAGAAAACCGUUUAUUAUAUACACAAAAAAACAUAGUUUGUGCAAUAUAUCACUUUUUCUACAUGUCAGAAAGGUUUCGUUUGACCCGUAUGUUUUGUUUCUAUGGUUGACCACUAGGGGGCGCACAUAUCCCACAUGCAGCAGUAACCAUUUUUUUAUUCUGUGUGCAGAGAACUAUCAAUAAUUUGUAUUGAUUAUCUCCCUCUUGAACACAAUGAGUCGUAUUGUGUUGCAGAUGAAUAUCUUUGCUGAUAUAUAUAUAUAUGUAGUUGACGUGUUUAUCGGCCGCUGCUGUGUCAGUGUGUCUGUUUCCUGGCAGUGGCCACGUCAACAUGUUUGUUUCUCUAAUGGGAUCUCUGCUGUGAUUAAUGUUUAUGCCAAAUUACCUGGUGACCGACAGACGCUCUUCCACCAGAAGGUCAAGUCGAGUUCCAGCUUGAGCCAAAAAAAAGACACUAAUUGCCAUCUAUGUUUAUUUUUUUAUCAGUUUAUGUCAAUAGUAAGAAAUCUGAUUAAGUUUUAAUAGUUGGAUUAAAAUCAAAUGCGUCUUUAACUUCAGAAAUAAAGAAUGUUUUUUAGAUGAAGUGUUUUUAAUGCAGUUAAUGUGAAGCUCAAGUUAUUACAGUCAUUCAGUUGUAUUGGAAUAUUUUUGUCAAUCAUUUCAUAUACAGCUAACUGGACAAUAUCAAACCAAGAUAUGGUGUAAACAAGUAUGAAGUUAUACAAAGUUAUGCUUGAAUACAAGUUUUGGGGAAUUUUAUAUAGAAAUAAAUGACAUUUUAUGUAAAAAA